AUGCCAGGUGAAGAGCAGGAGGACAUUGUAAUGACAAGUACCCAGUCCACCAUUUUGAAUAUCACUUGCCCAUUGAGUGGAAAGCCAAUUACAGAACUAGCAGAACCAGUUUGUGGGUACUGUUUUUCGCUUCAAUAUUAUCUUCCUGCAGUAGCCCAGUUACUUGGAAUAUUGGACAUUGCUGAGUUGUUUAAGAUGGAAGCUUUUUUGCGCAGAUCGACCGCUUCCAUCGGCCUAUCCAAUAGAGUAACUAGUCACAAGACUGACGAGAUGAACAAUACAAGUCAUAUGCAAGAAGCAGCAACAAUGAAAUUGGAGAUUUUGAGGAAUUAG